AUGGGUCUCGGGGUGCUGGAGGAUACGAAGCUCGCCCAGGUGCCGGGUACCUCCGAUGUCUACGACCAGGAGCGCAUCGACGGUGGCCAUGCAAACAUCACCGGCCUCAAGUAUGACUACUCCGGCAAAGUGCCCAUCAUCCUCGUGCCACAGCCGAGCGACGACCCCAACGAUCCGCUGAACUGGCCACUAUGGAGGCGAGACCUCAUCCUCGCCGUCCUGUCGUGGGUGACGGUGCUCUGCACCACCCUAAGCUCCAUCAUGGCUCCCAACACACUCAACAUCGCCGAGGACGAUGAUAUCACCAUCACCGGUGCCGCGCUGCUGACCGGCUACCACCUGUGCGGCGUGGGCGUGGCGGGAAUCCUGAUCGUGCCCACCGCGCGCGUCUGGGGCAAGCGCCACCUCUUCCUAAUCGGGCACGUCUUGAUGAUCGUCAGCUGUGUCUGGGCCGGGGCCAGCGGUACAAACGCCACCAGUCUGCUAUGGGCGCGCAUCUUCCAGGGCGUGGCGUUGGCGCCCUUCGAAGCACUGGUCAAUGCCUGCGUCGGCGAUCUAUACUUCCUGCAUGAGCGUGGGAAACGCAUGGCCGUCUCCAACGUCGCCCUGUUCGGCGCGGCGUUCUUGACCCCCGUGCUCGUCGGGAAAAUCACCGCCACCCUGCACUGGAAGUGGUCAUUCUAUUUCGUGGCGAUUUUUCUCGCGGCCGCGCUGCCGCUCAUGUUCUUCUUUGUACCGGAGACUGCGUACCGGCGUGCGGAUUACCUAAAUACAGAUUUCAAGCACAAGACCCAGAACAGGAACGGGUCUCCAGAGGCUGAGCGGCCACUCAGUCGCGAGUCCAAUGGAGAAGAGCCGAAGAAUCUCCCUAUGGAGGGGUUGAACGGCAUGUCGAGCACGCAGGUCACUGUGCAGCAGCCGGUUCUGGAGAAGGAUUCAUUCAUUAAGACCUUGAGGCCGUUCAAUGGACGCAAGACCGACGAGAAUUUCUUCAAACUGCUCCUCCGGCCGUUUCCGCUGUUCUUUCAUCCAAGCGUCUUCUGGGCGUGCUUGAUCCAAGGUGUCAUCAUCGGCUGGGCCGUCUUUCUGGGUGUCAUCCUGGCCAUCGUCUUUCUGACCCCGCCUCUGUGGUUUACCGAAGUCCAAACGGGCUAUCUGUACACGGGUGCCUUCAUCGGCUCCAUGCUGGGUCUUGUGUUGUCCGGCCUGCUCAGUGACUCGAUGAACAAAGUGAUGAUCCGCCUCAACCACGGCCGAUACGAGCCCGAGUUCCGCAUCUUGCUGGUUAUCUUCCAGCUAAUUUUCUGCGGCAUCGGGCUCUACGGAUUCGGCUGGACGGCGGGUGAUGCAGAGCACUACCACUGGCUGCUGCCGGAUGUCUUCCUGAUGUUUAUUAUUAUCGGCAUGGUCAUGGGUGCUGUGGCCGGGUCGCUUUACAUCGUCGAUGCUCAUCGGGAGAUCGCCGUCGAGGCGUUUACUUGUCUACUGGUGUUCAAGAAUAUGUUCAGCUUCGUGUUAACCUUCUACGCCUACGACUGGUUCAGCCACGGCGGAGUGAAACACACCAUGAUCGUCGUCGGCAGCAUCGAGGUGGGGAUUUGUAUGCUAAGUAUACCCAUGUAUGUCUUCGGUAAACGGAAUCGGUCGUUUUUUGCUCGUCAUGAUAUCCUUGAGAUGUUGAAUUUGUGGUAA